GAUUUUUCAUUGGCAUGUGAUAGGAAACCACCUUAAUCUUUUAACUUCCUUGAAUUUUGAAUGUAUAUAAAUAUCAAAGUUAAAUGUAAAUAAUUCAAUUAAGGAGCGAUUAUUUGAACCAGACUAGAAACAAAUUUUCUUAGACUAUGGAUGGAAACAACCCUAAUCAUUUAACCAGACAUGGACGUACUAGGCCAUGGACAAUUAAUGGAGAUGCAUUUAACAUAGGAAACAGAUGUGGCACACGUGUAAUUGAUUCUGAAGACAGCGACGAAAACAUCAAUCUUUUGCAAAAUUCACAACCAACAUCAGAAAUGACAGCAAAUACAAAUAUUUCCGAGAAUGCUGGGAAGACUCAGGGUACUAGUAGUCAGAAUCACUCCGAUAAAAGUCCUAAAGUCCUCAUUCUGCGAGAUGAUAUUGAUAAUGAAACACUUACAAGCGCUUACAUCAAUUCAGAUAGCUCAGACGAAAACAUUAGUGGUAAAAAAGAGAUAUCUUCAAACGAACAAAGUAUUGCAAAACGAUGUAAAAGAUUGUCUUCUUAUAUAUUUGUAGUACUACUAAACGCACUAGUUAGUGUUGCAGUAAGUGUUGGACUGUAUAACUAUAUAGUGUGUGUAGAUAGCACACGACAUGUUUUAGCAAAGGAACCUAUGUUUGUCAAUUUGAAGGUCAACUUCGAUGCAUACAGUCAAAAGGUUAAAAACACGUCUGUUAAAAUUCCAUGGACAUUUCAAGACGCAUCAUUUCUCAUUUUAGACGAUAACAGCACAGAUAUCACUAUCCUCCAGCCUGGAUCAUAUUCAGUCGAUGUUUCGUUGAAUUUUUUUAACAGACGAAAUAACGACUCAAAGCCUAUAUAUAUGUGUAUUUUAAACAGUUUAGAUAGAACUUACGAGCGGUGCACCCCUGAAGUUAUUCCAGCAGGCAUACAGAGGUCUGUGACCGUUAGAAUUGAUAUGAACUUGAAAAAAAGCGAUAUAAUUUGGGUCAAUGUUAAGGGAGCAAAUCUAAUUUACGAACGUUCUGAUGCAAACCACAUGACUAUUAGAAAAUAUAGAUUUUAGAAAUAAUGACUAUGUUAAUGCUGGUAGGCUGAUGUAUAUAGACUAACCUUUUAUGGCGGUGUCGUGGGCUUGAAUAACACUUAAAGGUUUUUUCAAAGAAGAGUCAAGGAGAACUAUAGUUUACUUGAAUUGACUUGAUGUCGAUUUGCUGUCGAAACGUUGUUCUAUCGCUUUGUACAACCAGUAUAAUAGUCACUUGUACAACGAAAACCACUUCAAAAAGUAGUCAAGGAGUAGAAUUUACAUGAUAAAUGGCAGUAGAAAACGUCAUUCCGUUGUUUUGCGAUUUGUUGAGUGCAGAAACGGUUUAAGAGUCUUGUAACAAAACACCAACUGAUUGUUUAAGCAUAAAUACUACAUGUAUAGUCAUUGGUCUGAGCAGAACGUUGAACAUAUAUGAAUAUGCUGGAGACCGUUUAAUAGAACAGUUUGGGUUAACAGUUUUUGCAAGAAUUCUCCGAAGAACAUUUGAACAUUUUACAGACAAUAUAUCACUGAAAAAUUGAAAAUGAAAUUAACAUUAAGCUAAUAAUAAAGAUAGUAUUGAAAUACCUUA